AUGAGUUCUCAGGUAAUGCAUAUGAAUACAGAGGAAGAGGACGGGUACUCUAAUUUAAAUCACUCCCCACAACAUUCAGCCAGACGCUACAUGUCCCUGAACAUCAACCAAGGGCGGUCUCUUCCCUUUGCUGUAUGGUGGCCAGCUAUCUUCACACUGUUUGCGCUGUGCCUGGCCCUCACCAUAGGAAUGAUAGUCCUAGAUAAAAUAUCUUUACAAACUCCAGGUCUCAGAGUUUCUAAGGCACCUGCGGGACGUAAUGAAAACUUGCAAGGACUAAAGGAGAAAUUGUGCUUGAUGGGUGAUGCAAAGAGUAAGAAUGAUAGACCUGCAUGCUCGCUCUGCCCUGUAAACUGGAAAUGGGUUGGAGGUGAUACCUGUUUCUACUUUUCAGAAAAGGAGGCCACGUGGCAGGAAAGUUGUGACUUUUGCUUCUCCCAGAACGCCACCCUUCUUAAGCUGAAAAGAAAAAGCAAGUUGAUUAUCAUAUCUCAAAUAUCACAAAAACUAUCUUAUUGGUUUGGAUUAUCACAUGGAGUUGAUGGCUGGUCUUGGAUAGAUGAUACAAAACUUUCUAUAAAGAGAAUGGACUGGUAA